UCUCGCCAGCUCUCCCUUCCUCCGCCGCCCCUCAGCCGCUCCCGCCGCGCUGCGAGCUCGCACACGGAAGGACUCCCUCCCUCUUUUUCUCUCUCUCUCUCUCCUCCCCCCCAUCCACUCGCCCUUCCCCUUCCCUCCCCGCCUCCCCUCGGUCGAGAAAGGACGACGCCAUGUCUUCCAUCACCGGCAGUCUCCUCUCCUGUCUUUGCCUGAACAUACGCAUUCAGGCCCGGCCGACCGGGGCCGAAGGCGACACCACUGCCCAUUUGGCGCACACUGUCCCGUCUUUCCUUGACGCCUCGAAAUUUCUUUAUCCCCACCUGGUGGCCACCAGGGCCUUUGGUGAUGAUAUUGGCAUCUUCUGUUUCGGCUGCUCCAUCUAUGCGUUCUUCAUCCCCCGCACGGGCCUCCCCCCCGCCGACGCACAGACCACCGCCGCCCAGCAGAUCACCCAGGAUGCGGCGGCCUAUUCCGGCCCUGCCCACCUCAGUAACGCCCUCCUGACUGGCGCCAUUCUCUCGAGCGCCAUCCAUCGUCCCGAGUACUCGGCCGCCUUCGGCCUUCUGCUGAACCACCUGCGCAGCCCGCGCCCGGUCUGCUCCGGGGCACUCGCCCCCGAACAGCCCAGCGACACCCCGGCCGCCGAGUGUGGCUGCUGCCCCCCGCCGCCGUCGGUGGCCGUGUCGGACCUGGCCGACCUGCGGAGCCAGCUCCUGGCCAGCCUGCGGAGCCACCUCCGCCUGGCCAUUCAGCAGGCCCUCGAGGAUCGGCUGACCAUCUGGCACUCGGCCCUGGCGCUCGGAUGCCUGGACCCGGUGGCUCGGGAUAGCCUCCCGACCGGUGAUGCCAUUGGUCCUGGCGGUCCUCUGGACCUCCCGGCCCCGGACGCGGACCUGGCCCCGGAUUUCGUGCAGGCCCUCUGCGCGGGGCCCCGACUGCCCGCCCUGCUGGCGGCCCUCUUCCCCGCCGGCGAGGCCGCCACCGAUGUCGCUCCGGCCGGCGAUGCUCUCCAGCGUCUUGGGGACUUCGCCAUCCGCGCGUGUCCGGCCCCGGCCCUGGCCUCGACCCCCGAGCUGGACACCUCGACCGGGGAGGAGUCCGCUCCGGCCGGCAUGGCCCCGGGAAUCUUGGCCGCCGCUCGGUCCUUCGACCCCAUGCAAACCGGCAGCCCUCAGGAGGGUGACGUCGACCCGGCCCCGGCGCCGGCCAUUUCUUCCCCCCGUGCCGGUGGCCCAGGCUCCCCCCAACUUGGUCUCUCCUCCUCCCUGUCAAUGGCCCUGAAGGCAGCCACCCCGGCCAACGAGGCCGCCACCAUGGAGUUCGACCUUCCCCGCGGAACGGCCGAGGAGAUCGGUGAUGUUUUGCUCCCGGCCACCCCGGCCUCCAGCUUCGCCGAUCCCUCCCCGCUCGGGCAAAUGGGCGUUCCUGUGAUCGGGGCCACCGGGGCCGGUCGCGCCGGGUCCGAGGUCCCCCGGUCGCCGGUGAACUUUGUCUCCGGCACCACUCCCUCGGCCUCGCGCUUGUCCUUCGGCCCGGACAGCUACUCGCAACUGUCUUCCUCGCUGGCCGACGGGUCGCGCACGCUGCCUGCCACUCCGGCUUCCAGCCUCGCCGAGUCUUCCUUCCUCAGCGGAUCACUCUCGACCUCGGCUGCCGCGGGUCGCAUGAACUUCGUGUCCGGGGCCACGCCCUCCUCCGCGCCGGGAUUCGUCCGGUCGCCGUCCACCGGCACACCGCUGGACAUGGCGGCCCCCGCGCCCUCGGCCACGGCGGCCCCGAUGCCGGUGGCCACGCGCGGCUUUUUCGUCGCCUCCCCCGGGUCUCCUCCUGGGGCUGUUGUCACGGCCGCCACGCCGGCUGCCGGUACUGCUGGGUCUCCGACUGCCCUGUCGAUUUCGGACUUCUCGGCCCAUGGGCGCCCCUUGCGGCGUGGAUCGGGUGCCGGACUGCCGGUCCUCGGUGCCGGCAGCCCUCCCCCCUCGGCGGCAUCCUCCUUCUCGGAGGUCGGCCGGUCGCCGCUGGCCGGGCCGGGAUCGCCCUUCCACCUCAAUAAGGCCCCCCCGCCUGGGGCCAUUCCCAUGCGCAUGAAUGGCCCGUCGCCGGCCUUCGAGCUGGGCGUCUCGCCGGCCGGGGCGUCUUCCUUCCUGGCCGAGUCCCUGGCCGUUGCCUCGCUAAGUGCCACCCCCAUGGCCGCCGGGUCCCUGGCCAUCCCCAUCCAGGGUGCUGGUGCUGGCAUUGGUGCCGGUGCCGGUGCCGGUGCCGGUGCCGGUGCCUCGACCAUUGUGCCCUCUGUCCACCCGCUGAAUUCCCCCCCGCGGAAUGUGGUCAUCACGGCCCCCGGGUCCUCCUCACCCCCGUACUCUCCGGCCUUUGCCACCGGCGGCCCGGCCCUCGGGGCGUCGCCCACCUCCAGCGAUCUGGCCAGUGGUUCCACCAGCCCCGGCAGCCAAAGCCUUCCCCCGACCCCGGCGUCGACCCCCUUCGGCACGCCGGCCACCCCGUCGUCCACUCCCUCGGCCAUGGUCACCGAUUCGCGCUAUUCCUCCUACGCCCAGUCCAUGUCGGCCGCUGUGACGGCCAGCAAUGCGCAGCAGCUGCUGGCUGCGGCGGUCGAGCAAAUUGCCCAGGCCGAUCGCCAGCGCAGCCGCAGCAACAGUACCACCACCACGCCCAAUUCCACCGCCAGCGCCGCCACCGGCCGCGGCUCCGCCACCCUGGCAUCUCCCACCCCCGUGGCCACCAAUGUCCCGCUCUACAAUGUGGACAUCCCGCUCCCUGGGGAUGACCUCUCCGAGGCCGACCUGUCCUUCGACUCGCUGAUGCUCCUGCCGAGCCUGCCGGAGACUGCGGCCCUCGGCGGUGGCGGGGCCAUCGGCGGGUCGCGCUUGGCCGCCAUUUCCGGCGAAUCCGGCUUCCGCGGCGGGGCUGUCUAUGAUGCGGCGGCCGCUCGGCCCGAUGACUCGGACGUCUCGGACCUGCCGGAUUCCGACCUCGACAGCGACCUCGAGGGUGACUCGAUUGCACAGCCGGAGAUCGGCGCCGGGGGCCAGCAUACCGGCCCGGCGGCCGUGCCCAUCAGCAUGGGGUCCAAUUCGUCUGCGGCCGCGGCUGCCGCCGCCUCCAGCAACAGCAUCUAUGCCAGUUCCCUGCCGAUGGUGAUUCCUCCACGGGGCCCGGUCCCCGUGGUCAAGGACGGCGACCGGUGGCGCAACGGUGACAUCUCUUCCGACUCUGAUGAGGGGUCCUUCAUCGCGCCGCACAUUUUGUCGGCCUCGCUGGCCAACUCUUCCAAGCUGAAGGCUCGCCCGGCGGCCGAUGCGCCGGAGUCCCCGACUGCGGUGGAUGUCGACACCGAGGCUCUGCUGGGCUCGUCGGUGCCCAACGCCCGGGUCACCUCGCGCGGUGCUCCGGACUUUGCUCUCUGAAAUAUGCCUCCGGCCACAGUUUCACCGAUCAGCCGCCAUUCGCCUUUCUCUCUUUCAGGAAACACGAAAAAAAAAAGGGCCGGGGUGGGGGCGAGAGUCAGGUCGCGGAGAGCCGGACAGGGCGAUGGGACACACUUCCUUGUGUCUUCUCUCCUCCCCUCCUCCUCCUCCCCCCUCCCCCGCCCCCCCGUUUUCCUCCUCCCUCUCCUCUUCCUCUUGCCUCACAUUCGAUGUGUAGACUGGUCCUGGUCUCUUCCUUUUCAGUCUUCUGUUCGCACCAGUCUCCCCCCCCCCAACUCUCUCCUCUUCGCCCGAACGACAUGGUGAAGCCCCCGCCCAGGCGCAUCCAGUGCCUUUGUGCCACAUUCCCUCUCUCUCUCUCUCUCUCU